AUGGUACGACAUCUCAUUAGAAUUGAUACCACGACCUCUUACGCGAACAUGAGCUGGCAAACAUUGUGUCUUACAGUGUCAGCACUCCUGCUGAACGCUGUUUGCGCAAAGGACCUCGGCAAUGUUUUCACAAGCCUCAGCUUUGUAGGCUAUUCAGACUACAACUAUGCUGUGGACAAGGUAUGGCGCGCGGACCUUGACUUCGCAAUUACUCCUGAGAUGAACGUUCAGAUGGGCGACACCUUCCAGUUGGUGGCUCCUAACGUCUUGAAAUUCUACCCUAGUAGAACUAUUGGUAGUUCAGGGUAUGUCGAAAUUAAGGAUGCUAGUGGCUCGAUUAUUGCCAACUGUUUGAUUCAAAAUGGCUUCCACGCUUCGGCUCAAUCUACUCUGGACUGUUCAAUCAGUAAGACGGACAUUUACAAAGCUAGCGGUUCCCUCUCUAUUGACUUUGUCGUCAACUUCGGUGGUUCUGCAGACUCAACUGCGCUGAAGGCUGCCAGCAGUGUCUCCAAAGGCAAGAACACUCUCACCUGGAAUGGCUUGAGCGCAACCGCCAACUUUAACCUCCCAGGCAGUUUUACUUCUGUGAGCUCUAGCAACUUCAAAAGCUACGAUACCCUUUUUCCCAACCGUGACAACCUGCAGGAAUCUUUUUACUUGGGUAACACCUGCAGUUCUACGUUCUCCGACACCAUCAAAAUCAGUUAUAGCGGUACUCCAAGCAACAACGGUCAGCUGGCUUCUUGCAGCGAUAUUCAAGUUCAUAUCGCAAAGUCUUUCAAUGACUUCAACAUGCCAGUCGAGGCCAGGGCUCUUUCCUCAAACUCUUACACGCUCUCAUGCUCCGGGAGCUCCAUUACAGUUACUGCUAGCAACAUUCCAGCUGGGUACCACAUCUUCAUCAACGCAAAUCAGUUAAUGGACCGCUCUAUUUCCAAUGUUCAAUAUGUUAACAGAUACACCGAGAGCAUGGUUUGCAACGGUAAAACAAGUACAAACCAAUACCCUCGUAGUAUCACCUUUGUCGGUGGUUCCGCUGAGGGUUGGGGCUCUCAAGAAACUCUCCAAUGGUAUACCACGACUACAGGGUGGACUGGAAGUUACACCACUACUGUUACCUCGACAACUCCUGUCAUUGGUACGGAUGGUGCCUUGACUCCUGAGCCUAUCAUUGUUAUUGAGACUCCUACUAAAGCUUUGACUUCCACGACUUAUACCCCUUGGGGCGGUUCCGAAACUGUGACAUACUCAACCGCGACCACUACAUUCACUGGUCCUGACGGCAUCCCAACCACUGAGACGAUCUACUACGUCGAGACCCCAACUGUUGGUAUUGAGUCCACCACCUACACUCCAUGGACUGGCUCCGAGACUGUUACCUACAACACCGAGACUACUACCUUCACUGGAUCUGACGGUGUUCCAACUACUGAGACUAUCUACUACGUCGAGACUCCAACUGUUGGCACUGAGUCCACCACCUACACCCCAUGGACUGGCUCCGAGACUGUGACUUUCUCUACUGAGACCACCACCUUCACGGGCUCCGACGGUGUCCCAACCACUGAGACGAUCUACUACGUCGAGACUCCAACUGUUGGCACUGAGUCUACUACCUACACCCCAUGGACUGGCUCCGAGACUGUGACUUUCUCUACUGAGACCACCACCUUCACGGGCUCCGACGGCGUCCCAACCACUGAGACGAUCUACUACGUCGAGACCCCAACUGUUGGUAUUGAGUCCACCACCUACACUCCAUGGACCGGUACUGAGACCUCCACUUUCUCCACCGAGACUACCACCUUCACUGGCUCCGACGGCGUCCCAACCACUGAGACGAUCUACUACGUCGAGACUCCAACUGUUGGCACUGAGUCUACUACCUACACCCCAUGGACUGGCUCCGAGACUGUGACUUUCUCUACUGAGACCACCACCUUCACGGGCUCCGACGGUGUCCCAACUACUGAGACUAUCUACUACGUCGAGACUCCAACUGUUGGCACUGAGUCUACCAUCUACACCCCAUGGACCGGUACUGAGACCUCCACUUUCUCCACCGAGACUACCACCUUCACUGGUUCCGACGGCGUCCCAACCACUGAGACGAUCUACUACGUCGAGACUCCAACUGUUGGCACUGAGUCUACUACCUACACCCCAUGGACUGGCUCCGAGACUGUGACUUUCUCUACUGAGACCACCACCUUCACGGGCUCCGACGGUGUCCCAACCACUGAGACGAUCUACUACGUCGAGACUCCAACUGUUGGCACUGAGUCUACUACCUACACCCCAUGGACUGGCUCCGAGACUGUGACUUUCUCUACUGAGACCACCACCUUCACGGGCUCCGACGGUGUCCCAACCACUGAGACGAUCUACUACGUCGAGACUCCAACUGUUGGCACUGAGUCUACCAUCUACACCCCAUGGACCGGCACUGAGACCUCCACUUUCUCCACCGAGACUACCACCUUCACUGGAUCUGACGGCGUCCCAACCACUGAGACGAUCUACUACGUCGAGACUCCAACUGUUGGCACUGAGUCUACUACCUACACCCCAUGGACUGGCUCCGAGACUGUGACUUUCUCUACUGAGACUACUACCUUCACUGGAUCUGACGGCGUCCCAACCACUGAGACGAUCUACUACGUCGAGACUCCAACUGUUGGCACUGAGUCUACUACCUACACCCCAUGGACUGGCUCCGAGACUGUGACUUUCUCUACUGAGACCACCACCUUCACUGGCUCCGACGGCGUCCCAACCACUGAGACUAUCUACUACGUCGAGACUCCAACUGUUGGCACUGAGUCUACCAUCUACACCCCAUGGACUGGCUCCGAGACUGUGACUUUCUCUACUGAGACCACCACCUUCACGGGCUCCGACGGCGUCCCAACCACUGAGACGAUCUACUACGUCGAGACUCCAAGUGUUGGCACUGAGUCUACCAUCUACACCCCAUGGACCGGCACUGAGACCUCCACUUUCUCCACCGAGACUACCACCUUCACUGGCUCCGACGGCGUCCCAACCACUGAGACGAUCUACUACGUCGAGACUCCAACUGUUGGCACUGAGUCUACUACCUACACCCCAUGGACUGGCUCCGAGACUGUGACUUUCUCUACUGAGACCACCACCUUCACGGGCUCCGACGGUGUCCCAACUACUGAGACUAUCUACUACGUCGAGACUCCAACUGUUGGCACUGAGUCUACCAUCUACACCCCAUGGACCGGUACUGAGACCUCCACUUUCUCCACCGAGACUACCACCUUCACUGGUUCCGACGGCGUCCCAACCACUGAGACGAUCUACUACGUCGAGACUCCAACUGUUGGCACUGAGUCUACUACCUACACCCCAUGGACUGGCUCCGAGACUGUGACUUUCUCUACUGAGACCACCACCUUCACGGGCUCCGACGGUGUCCCAACCACUGAGACGAUCUACUACGUCGAGACUCCAACUGUUGGCACUGAGUCUACCAUCUACACCCCAUGGACCGGUACUGAGACCUCCACUUUCUCCACCGAGACUACCACCUUCACUGGUUCCGACGGCGUCCCAACCACUGAGACGAUCUACUACGUCGAGACUCCAACUGUUGGCACUGAGUCUACCAUCUACACCCCAUGGACCGGCACUGAGACCUCCACUUUCUCCACCGAGACUACCACCUUCACUGGAUCUGACGGCGUCCCAACCACUGAGACGAUCUACUACGUCGAGACUCCAACUGUUGGCACUGAGUCUACUACCUACACCCCAUGGACUGGCUCCGAGACUGUGACUUUCUCUACUGAGACUACUACCUUCACUGGAUCUGACGGCGUCCCAACCACUGAGACGAUCUACUACGUCGAGACUCCAACUGUUGGCACUGAGUCUACUACCUACACCCCAUGGACUGGCUCCGAGACUGUGACUUUCUCUACUGAGACCACCACCUUCACGGGCUCCGACGGCAUCCCAACCACUGAGACUAUCUACUACGUCGAGACUCCAACUGUUGGCACUGAGUCUACCAUCUACACCCCAUGGACUGGCUCCGAGACUGUGACUUUCUCUACUGAGACCACCACCUUCACGGGCUCCGACGGCGUCCCAACCACUGAGACGAUCUACUACGUCGAGACUCCAAGUGUUGGCACUGAGUCUACCAUCUACACCCCAUGGACCGGCACUGAGACCUCCACUUUCUCCACCGAGACUACCACCUUCACUGGCUCCGACGGCGUCCCAACCACUGAGACGAUCUACUACGUCGAGACUCCAACUGUUGGCACUGAGUCUACUACCUACACCCCAUGGACUGGCUCCGAGACUGUGACUUUCUCUACUGAGACCACCACCUUCACGGGCUCCGACGGUGUCCCAACUACUGAGACUAUCUACUACGUCGAGACUCCAACUGUUGGCACUGAGUCUACCAUCUACACCCCAUGGACUGGCUCCGAGACUGUGACUUUCUCUACUGAGACCACCACCUUCACGGGCUCCGACGGCGUCCCAACCACUGAGACGAUCUACUACGUCGAGACUCCAAGUGUUGGCACUGAGUCUACCAUCUACACCCCAUGGACCGGCACUGAGACCUCCACUUUCUCCACCGAGACUACCACCUUCACUGGCUCCGACGGCGUCCCAACCACUGAGACGAUCUACUACGUCGAGACUCCAACUGUUGGCACUGAGUCUACUACCUACACCCCAUGGACUGGCUCCGAGACUGUGACUUUCUCUACUGAGACCACCACCUUCACGGGCUCCGACGGUGUCCCAACUACUGAGACUAUCUACUACGUCGAGACUCCAACUGUUGGCACUGAGUCUACCAUCUACACCCCAUGGACCGGUACUGAGACCUCCACUUUCUCCACCGAGACUACCACCUUCACUGGUUCCGACGGCGUCCCAACCACUGAGACGAUCUACUACGUCGAGACUCCAACUGUUGGCACUGAGUCUACCAUCUACACCCCAUGGACCGGCACUGAGACCUCCACUUUCUCCACCGAGACUACCACCUUCACUGGAUCUGACGGCGUCCCAACCACUGAGACGAUCUACUACGUCGAGACUCCAACUGUUGGCACUGAGUCUACUACCUACACCCCAUGGACUGGCUCCGAGACUGUGACUUUCUCUACUGAGACUACUACCUUCACUGGAUCUGACGGCGUCCCAACCACUGAGACGAUCUACUACGUCGAGACUCCAACUGUUGGCACUGAGUCUACUACCUACACCCCAUGGACUGGUUCCGAGACUGUGACUUUCUCUACUGAGACCACCACCUUCACGGGCUCCGACGGUGUCCCAACCACUGAGACUAUCUACUACGUCGAGACUCCAACUGUUGGCACUGAGUCUACCAUCUACACCCCAUGGACUGGCUCCGAGACUGUGACUUUCUCUACUGAGACCACCACCUUCACGGGCUCCGACGGCGUCCCAACCACUGAGACGAUCUACUACGUCGAGACCCCAACUGUUGGUAUUGAGUCCACCACCUACACUCCAUGGACCGGUACUGAGACCUCCACUUUCUCCACCGAGACUACCACCUUCACUGGCUCCGACGGUGUCCCAACCACUGAGACUAUCUACUACGUCGAGACUACAACUGUUGGCACUGAGUCUACCAUCUACACCCCAUGGACCGGCACUGAGACCUCCACUUUCUCCACCGAGACUACCACCUUCACUGGUUCCGACGGCGUCCCAACCACUGAGACGAUCUACUACGUCGAGACUCCAACUGUUGGCACUGAGUCUACCAUCUACACCCCAUGGACCGGCACUGAGACCUCCACUUUCUCCACCGAGACUACCACCUUCACUGGCUCCGACGGCGUCCCAACCACUGAGACGAUCUACUACGUCGAGACUCCAACUGUUGGUAUCGAGUCUACCACCUACACAUCUUGGACAGGCCGUUUCACGAGCACAUAUUCAACAGAUGUUUUGACGUUCACUGGCUCUAACGGUGUUCACACAACGGAGACGUUGUAUUAUGUGGAGACGCCAAAUCUGCCAUUCUUCCCUAACACAUCCGUGAUAUUCUCAACCUCCACUGCCUCUGUUCCUACCCAGAUCUCGACUUCUUCGACUGUCUCGAUAUCAACUCCAACGGUAGCUUCCACUUCAGGCACCUCAGUGUUGUCGUCUACAUCGUCUUUCGAGGGUUCUUCGAGCUCCGAAAUGACGAGCAUGCCUACUGUGUCUUCCAGUGCAACCUCGGUCCCAGAAUCCAGUAGCUCCUACCCAUCAUCUAACAGCCUUCUGUCAUCGACUCACUCCUACUCCCAGGAAUCCUCGGUUACGACUUUGGCUUCAACGACCUUCGGUGAAAGCUCUUCCAGCUCCAGUGCGAUUACAGCUUCUUUUGAAACAAAGCCAUUGACAUCUCCAGAGCCUUCUACUUCAAGCUCUUCAAGUUCAUCUGUGUUCUCUUUGGCUACUGAAACUAUCACUCACGAGAGUUCAACUACCGUUUUGACUUAUGGUUCGACAACCACUUUGAUGCCAUCAAGCUCGAGUGUUUUGUCAAGUGCUUCCUCUGGAACAAACUCAGAUGUCACAAGUACUUCUACCGAGAGAAGCUCAUUCAGCCCUUCAAGUUCUUUCGUUGAGAUACGGCCAUCUAGCACUUUAAGCGCCUCUACUGAGACAAGUCCUUUUGGCACGACAACUUCCACUGCUGACAGAAGCUCUCAUACCACAACAAGUGCCUCCACCGCAACAAGCUUGACUGAUAGCCAGACUUUCAGCGCGCCGGGGCCUUCAUCCCCAGUUAUCUCUGUUACGACGGAAACAGUAACCGAAAGCGGCUCAACUACUGUGGUGGUUUCCACGAGCACAAGUGAAUCUGACACCAGUUCUCCUUCCAGCAGUUCAAGCGCCUCUAUCCAAUCCACUUCUACCAUUCUAACUUCAACCGAACCAACAACUUCUGCUCCCUCUUCAAGCGCUUCAACCGUUACAUCAGACAGAACGGAGACGACUUUCGCUGAGUCUACCCCUGCUUCAUCCUCUGGCAUCACGUCUACCACCGGUGUGACGGAGACGGCUUCUGAGGAAAGGUCAGUCACCCCUUCGUCUGCCACUGCUUCUGCUUCAUUGGGUUGGAUGUCCAGUGAAAGACCUGUCGGCUCCACAACAACCGAGCCAGCACAGCUUUCAUCUAGCAUGGUAACUCCUGUUGAGUCUGCCGCGUCAUCGGGAACUUCAUCUGGUCAGGCUUCUGUCACAACUAGCGAUAUCGUGACCCCUCUUGAGUCGAACACUUUGUCAGGCACUUCCUCUACAGUGACACCUGCCAUCACUACUGGAACCCCAAGUUCUACGGCAAGUGUUACUAGCGAACAGCGCAGUUCUCUAACUACGUCAAGCAGCGCUAUUAUCUCUCUAUCAACGGCGAGCGUCUCUCAGUCAUCAACUUUGCAGAGCGUUUCUACUUAUGAAGGCGCAGCAAACAAGCUUGGCUUGGGCUUGCUCUUCGCUCUCCCAUUGGCAUUAAUUUGA